CUCAGAAAUUCGACAGCGCGCCAAAUUGAUGACUCACGCGACUCACAGAAAGUUUGAGUUUAUCGAUAAACUCGCCUGAAAUUCUCAACGCGUUACCUUUAAAAGUAGCAAAGCGUUGAGAAUUUCCUCACCAAUCUUAACCUAUCAUCAGCCCACGGUCGAUAGAAUCAUGAGCAACACCAACGUGAAACGCAUCCUCUUCAAUCCGCUUCUCGCCACAAGGGACGAUGUUCGUUCCUUCCUCAAAGAUCAGCUUCCAGGCACCGCCCAUGUAUACAAAAAGAAGCUCCAAGUAUGGGACGGAAAGUGUUUCUCAGAAGUGGAUUAUACGAACCGCCCUGCGUCUUUCUUCCUCGACAACACCGACUUGAACGCUAUUGGUACCUCCCUAUAUGAUAGGAUCAAGAAUCACCAGGGAAAUCUCAAGGAUGAAGAAAGUUAUACGGUAGUCACGCCAACGGAACCGUUUAUCGAUCUGCCCCACAUUGCUGGGAAGAACCUCUUGUUCGCUCUUUCCUUGACCGGGAAACCCACCUUCUAUGAUCUGGGCGUCGGAAGCGUAAAUGAGAGCAUCAUAUGCUGGGCAUCCGUGACUUCUCAGCAUCUCACGGGUAUCUGGCACAGCGGCGACAAGUCAUCCGGUGGAGUCCUCCUGCAUCACGUUCAAAUGGAGGAGAACCUUCACAGAGACCCUUUUGUUGUCUUUGUGUCUGGUUAUAGCAAUAAUGCCUUGCAUCGCUACGCUCAACAGAAUCCAGCGGUGCUGCUUGUGAAUCACGAAACGAGGAGCCUGUAUCUCGUCCCCAUCCCUUUGGACCCUGCGAGUAUCGGCACAGACACGACUGUUUGCUGUUCGGCUGUCGGACAACGUAUAUCCGACACCCACAUUCGCUUCACAUUCCUUCCGAAUCCCCCGACCUGCAGAGGUAUGCACGCAAGCGGCCGUAUGCUCCGUGGCGCCCGUAACGCCUUUCAAGAGGCGAUUCAGACGGCCCGUUCCAUCUGUGAUCACACCAUCGCGACCGCAAAGCAACGUUCCUCAGCGGCAUUACUACCUAUCCAGCCUGCGUCUGCAUCAGAAAGUACCGCGGUGGUGAGAAGGACCGGGGAUGCGGGUUUCAUUCACAUAUCGGAAGUCGCUAUCGUCGAGAAGGGAACAUCCAUUCCAGAAUUCGUUCGUCCCAGUCAUGUGCUGUGGUUCAAAACGGGUAUCACUCUCACCGAGUAUGAUGAUCGCGGUGGUAGUAGCAUUUUGGCCGAUGAGGUUGUCUUUCCGUGUUGCCUGGGGAACAUUCUUGAGGGCCGGAAGCUUCUAGCGCUGGGUCAACCUUCUAUGGGGCUUCCUGGGAAUGUAAGAAAUGACACCUUCGAUUCCUUGUUUGAAAAGGGAAAGGCCCCGGUUAUCAUUGUGUCAGACACGAUGACCGAUCAAUGUCGCUUGUUGAAUCCUACGGAGCGCAUCAACGGGCUCUUCAUCAUCAAACCAAAGACGCCUUUUGAUCUCAAGAUCCUGGAUAAGGAGGACCUCCGCCAUGCGUUUCUUAUCGAUCUGAACAUCAAUGCGAUCACUUCUCUUGCCGGCCCACAAUCGCUGGUGGUGGUUCAACUUGCGGAAAACUUUUUUUUCUACCGCGGUAUCCGAUGGCCUGGGCUUCUCGAAUUCUUGCCGUCGUUCGGAGACGACAUCACAGAUGAAAUUGUAUCUCUGGCAGACGCUGAUGUCAACCUUCCCUGGCCGAGGCGGGUCUCCAUCGGAAAAGAGGGGAACUCUCUUUCGCCUUACUUCCUCGGCACCAAGGUGUCUGUAUCGAGCAUACCGGACACGUUCGCCGCUAUGAGUUUCGACAUGAUUCAAGAGCGUCGGGAGGACAUUACCGACAUCUUGACACAACUACAGACCGUCAUGGCGGGAGAGGACAUCACGCAUUUUGCACAGAAGCUGAUUGAGACGAUGAAGGAUAAAAUAUCGAAGGCCAUCGAACCUUACAAGGGACCAUACAUCGAUUUCAUGAUCUCGAAUUUCUCACUGGGGUCAAGGAGCCCUGAAGACAUCAAGGCUAUGGAGGUUCGAAAGAAUACCCUUCAUGCGGCCUACCGCGAUGCUGAGAAGCAAGCAACCGCAGCUUGUCAGUGGCUGAUCGACGGACUCGGAAACCUAGUGUCCACCCGCACAUCAUCCGCUAAGAAACAUGAUCUCAAACAGCUGGAGAGGAAGAACAAGGUGGCAACAAACGUGGCUGAUGCCAAGACGAUGACAAUGGAUGAUCUAAAUCACAUCCUGGGGUUGCAUUGUCGCGAGAUCGGUGUCGUCAGUGGCCAAAUUGACGGUAACGUCUUGCAAGACAUGCUUCGAGAAGUUGCAAAGAACACCCUGUUGGGGGCCGUCAAUCACCCUCCGCUGAACAAGAAGCGACUCUCCGCAGCAUUGACGGUCCGCGCAGGCACCGAGGUUGCAACCGUCCUCCCACUGGUCAGAUCAUUCCAUAAGGGUCCAUUGGCAUCGGCGAAGGCUGGUGAUGACACCAUCUGCAUGGCCAUUCCUCAAUCAGGCCCAAGCCACGAAGGCGAUGGUCACCAUUCGGCCUUACUUUGGGCUUGCUUCGACGAGUUCGUGAACCUCAAGGACCCGUCGGAGAUGUACUGGCCCCAGGCGUGCAUGGAAGGUCACAUAGCUAAGCUGCGCAUCUUGACUCGCAGUACCAUCGUUGGCGCCACCGCUGCAAAAUCUUUGAACAUCCACCCCGGCAACCGAGAUAUCGGAUUCUUCAUGAUCAUCGCAUUGUUGCAUCUCAUGUAUGACUACGCGACAUCACGUAAGGGGGACAUUCCGACCGACUUUUCCGGUCCUUACUGUCAGGUUAUGCGCGGGCUAUUCGGCCAGCUUCUGAGUAUCGCCGCCUCCGGUUCGGGCAAACCCUUGUCCAUGGUGUGGCAGCUUGUCCUCAAGAAUCCCAAGCUUGAACUGCCUCCCUCGGAUGAGAUCUUCAUGUACACUGCGAUGUGUGAUCUUCUGCCCCACACGGGUUGGCCGCUGGACAGCUUCCGAAAGAACGUGAAGCUUCUCCUCGUCCGAACCUUGCGAGAGAGGAUAACCGACCCGGUAACCGAACCGAUGAGGAAGGCGGUCACCGCGAUGAAAAUGGCGGAGGCCAAUGAAAGCCUCGAGACUCGGAACGCUCAGCUGCAGUUCCUUCAAAUCGCCGUGGAAGUCGUGCGCCAUCUGCAAAAGAGCAAAUCAAGCACAGAUGAUCGAGUUGUAAAGGAGAAAGUUCGCACGGUAGCUUUGCGCAUGUUGGAAAAGCAGCCGGCUGAUAUUGAGAAGACCCGCGGAUUCGGUAUCGUCAUUGAUUAUCUUCGGACCAUCGCCAAAUAUGGAGGAACCACUGAGACGCAUCACAAACAUGUCGCCGAAGCCUGCGCCAACAUGUACGCUAAACGAAGUGCUCGCUACAAGAAGGCUAAGAACGCGGUACUCACAAGUGGAAAGAAAGGAAACGAUUCGGGGGUCGUGGAGGUCAUUGGGAAGAUGGAGGGCGAAAAAGAGCGCAUCUCAGAGACGUGGGGAGUAGAUAUUGCCAAUGUGAAGAUUCAAAACUGGGACCCCUAUGUCUCUAUCAAGGCCGCAGGGAGCGCUUCUAAAGACAAUCUGGACAAGGUUUCCAGCGAUGCCGAACGUAUCAGGAUCCCAUGGCGUGUGCUUACCGGUGAAGAAGCGCCUGCAGCCGAGAUCGACGAAGUUGUCAAGUCGGUUCUUGGAGACUUAUCGAAACAGGAAGUUCAGAAGACCACUGCGAACGCCGCAGCCUCCCUCAACGAUCCCGACGCCAACAAAGCGGUGAUGGUCAUUCAAAGUUUAGACAAGCGUCUUGCGCAGAUACAGAAGAGUGACAAGGCAGUGGAGCUGGCUGCGAAGCUUAGCAAACUGGAGGUUGCAGAUUACGCUACCCUAGCGAACUUCUCGAACCCAACGGCCUUCGCAAAGUUCCUUAGUUUCGCGACCGCUUCUCCAUCCGAGACAGGUCGCGAGAAGCUACAGAGCAUCAUCGAAAUGCUGCUAGAAGGCUGGAGGAAUCCGGUGAUCGCAGAAGCCAAUGCCCUGUGCUGCCUCUAGACUGGUGACGGAUCUUUUGGACUCCGCCGUGUAUAUAAGGCGGGCAUACACUGCUUCUACUCUGUGAGAACACGCGC